AUGAACGUGCUCCGGAUAUUCAUCAUCUUCUUUGCCACGAUAUUCCUCCUCGGCUCGGGUCUCACCCUCUUCUUGACCAUCCUCACGGGCGCAACACAGACGUCUGUUCUCCGCAAGUUCUACUGGCUCGAGACAGACUGCUCCAACUUCUCCGGCUCGCCCGUCUCGUCCACCUGCAGAUGGACAAACUACGGCCUCUGCGGCGUCCAGGACAACAGAAACACGGACUGCACACAUGACGUGGCCGCCUACCCCUUCUCCCCCUCCAGAAACUUCAACUCCAACGACAACCUCCCUUCGGCCUUUGUCGACAAUGCAAACUACUACUACUACACCAGCAGAAUCGGAUACGGCUUCAGUCUAGUGGGCUUGGCCUUCCUCGUGUUCUCGUGGUUCCCCUUCCUCAUCCUCCUUUUCACCAAGGUCGGCUUUGCCGCCCUCCAGAGCGUCUUCUGGGUAUUGUAUGGCCUAGCGUUGUUGUUUGUCAUCAUCGGCAUCGCUCUCUCCACCUCCGCCUAUGCCAAGGGUAGGAACCACUUCAGAAACGCAGGCUUUACCGCCAACUUGGGCACCAAGGCCAUGGCAACCGCGUGGACCACCGUCUUCUUGCUCCUCUUUUCCAUUCCAUUCAUCGUCUUCGCCUCCAGAGAGUGGUCCCUAGGCAGUCUUGGCAGAAAACGUCGUGGUUACAAC